AUGCUUUCCCGUUCUGCUAUCCGCACUGCUGCUAGAUCAGUUGUUGCUGCUAAUGCUGCUCGUUCAAUCAACCGUGUUGCUCGUCCAGCUUUAAUGGUCGCCGGUCGUCGUUUCGCUUCAGCUAAAGCUCAACCAACUGAAGUUUCUUCAAUCUUAGAAGAACGUAUCAGAGGUGUCUCUGAAGAAGCUAACUUAAAUGAAACUGGUAGAGUUUUAUCUGUUGGUGAUGGUAUUGCCCGUGUUUUCGGUUUAAACAAUGUCCAAGCUGAAGAAUUAGUUGAAUUCUCUUCAGGUGUUAAAGGUAUGGCCUUAAAUUUGGAACCAGGUCAAGUCGGUAUUGUCUUGUUCGGUUCUGAUCGUUUAGUUAAAGAAGGUUCAACCGUUAAACGUACUGGUAAAAUUGUUGAUGUUCCAGUCGGUCCAAAAUUAUUAGGUAGAGUUGUUGAUGCUUUAGGUAACCCAAUUGAUGGUAAAGGUCCAAUUGAAUCUGAAAAACAUUCAAGAGCUCAAGUUAAAGCUCCAGGUAUUUUACCAAGAAGAUCAGUUUUCGAACCAGUUCAAACUGGUUUAAAAUCUGUUGAUGCUUUAGUCCCAAUUGGUAGAGGUCAAAGAGAAUUGAUUAUUGGUGAUCGUCAAACCGGUAAAACCGCUGUUGCUAUUGAUACCAUCUUAAAUCAAAAAAGAUGGAACAACGGUGCUGAUGAAUCUAAAAAAUUAUACUGUGUUUACGUUGCUGUCGGUCAAAAAAGAUCAACUGUUGCUCAAUUAGUUCAAACUUUAGAACAACAUGAUGCUUUGAAAUACUCCAUCAUUGUUGCUGCUACUGCUUCAGAAGCUGCUCCAUUACAAUAUAUUGCUCCUUUCACCGCUUCUGCUAUUGGUGAAUGGUUCAGAGACAAUGGUAGACACGCUUUAAUCAUCUAUGAUGAUUUAUCAAAACAAGCUGUUGCUUACCGUCAAUUAUCUUUGUUAUUGAGACGUCCACCAGGUCGUGAAGCUUACCCAGGUGAUGUUUUCUACUUACAUUCAAGAUUAUUAGAAAGAGCUGCUAAAUUAAACGAUUCAUUAGGUGGUGGUUCAUUAACUGCUUUACCAGUUAUUGAAACCCAAGGUGGUGAUGUUUCAGCUUAUAUUCCAACUAACGUUAUUUCCAUUACUGAUGGUCAAAUUUUCUUAGAAGCUGAAUUAUUCUACAAAGGUAUCAGACCAGCUAUUAACGUUGGUUUAUCAGUUUCUCGUGUCGGUUCUGCUGCUCAAGUUAAAGCUAUGAAACAAGUUGCUGGUUCAUUAAAACUUUUCUUAGCCCAAUACAGAGAAGUUGCUGCUUUCGCUCAAUUCGGUUCUGAUUUAGAUGCUUCAACUAAACAAACUUUAGCUAGAGGUGAACGUUUAACUCAAUUAUUGAAACAAAAACAAUACUCACCAUUAGCUGCUGAAGAACAAGUUCCAUUGAUCUACGCUGGUGUUAACGGUUUCUUAGAUCAAGUUGCUUUAGAAAGAAUUGGUGAAUUUGAAACUGAAUUCUUAGCUACCUUAAAAGCUAACAACACUGACAUUCUUGAUGCUAUUAGAGAAAAAGGUCAAUUAUCUGAUGAAUUGUUAGGUAAAUUGAAAUCUGCUACUGAACAAUUCGUUGCUACUUUCUAA